UCAUUUCACACUCAACAUCAAACUGGCCAACCAUUCUCUUUCUCUAUAUACAUAUCUAUCUCUAUCCAUCUGUGUAUUUGAGUUUGACCCGUCGCCACCUACCGGCAGCUUCCUAGCUCUCCUCCAAUGGCGGCCCCACCGCCUCAGUUCUCUAAAGUGGAUCUUUUCUAUGUGAAAACGUAAACUCAACUCUGCCUCUCUUUUAGAGCCUCCCUCGAAAGCUUAUUUAUUCUUCUUCUUCUCUUCUUUCUUCUUUUUUCUUUCUCCUCUUUCACAAACCCUAGUUCGGCGACACACGUGGAUUAAGCAGAAAUAGAAAAGGAAAAGGUUUCCAGGACCAGGAAAAUUUGUCUUUUAUGCCUUUUUCAUGCAUUUCUUGGGUUGUUUUUCACUGAUCUCGUAAUUGAGAGUUAUGGAUUCUGGUAACAGCGGUAGUUUGCAAUCGUCGAGUGGAGGUGAAGACGAAUAUGAUUCACGGGGUGAGUCGAUUUCGUCUUUUUUGAAUCCCGGCGGCCAUUUUGGUUCAAUAUCAGGCCAACAGCCACCGUUUAUGUCCCAACAGAACAAUUUCUUCGAUCCUCGUUCGAACCUUGAUGCAUUUAUCCAACAGUCAUCGGCUAAUCCAAAUGCGAAUACUCAAUACAAUAAUGAUCUUGUUUGGACCAGAAGUUUAAGAUCUGAUCAAUCCAAUUAUGGCCACUUUGGAAACUUAACAGGAUCAUCAUCAAGAACCCAGAAUCUUGUGAAUUCCCAAGGACCAAACAGUACACAGCAGGGCCCGGGCCAGGGCCAGGGCCAGUUCCCAACCGCACAAUCCGUACAGUUGACAGCACAUGCCGGUUCAGAACAAUUUGAUCAACAACCCAACAGUGCAAUCAAGAAUCCUAAGAAACGGCCAAGAGCUUCACGGCGGGCGCCCACGACGGUGCUGACGACUGACACCACAAAUUUCAGGCAAAUGGUGCAGGAAUUUACGGGCAUCCCGGCAGCUCCAUUUUCAGGUCCACCGUAUUCACGGCGGCUUGAUCUCCUCUCCACUGCGAGGUCCGGUCAUUUGGGCACACUUGGAUCCCUGUAUCCUCUUCGACCCUCAACCCAAAAGGUACAACCAUCGCCAUUUCUGCCAUCAUCUUCUUCUCCCUUGUUCAACUCUAAUAUGAUUGAUGCUAUAGUGUCCAGUACUAAUAUUUCGACUGCAAAUGUUGGCUCUUUGAAUUCGAAUAAUUUCCAACUACCCUCUGAUCUUGGAUUGAUUCCAAAACAACCCCACAACUUAUUGAAUUUUCAAAAUCAGACUCUUCAACUUCAGCCUCUCCUGCAUUCUCCUUCACUUAAGAAUCAGUUAGGACAGGCUUUUGGUACUUUGGAAAUGAGCCAUGAUCGACAAGUUGAAGGUAAUCUCAGUGGGUUUUCAAAUUUAGAAAGUACUUCUGCUGGUGCUCAAGGAAGGACUGAAGGGAAUAUACAAGAAAAUAUAAGAACUUUUGGUGGAAAUAUUACUUCAGAAUUUCAUUCCGAUAAAGUACUUGAAAAUGUUUCUUCAGCUGCUGAUGGUACGGUGAGUUCAUGGAUUUGCCCUUCCGAUUAAAUAUUUUGUAGUGUAAUCAAGAAUCACAAUUACAAUACACAAUGAAUAUUUUGUUUUUGCCUAUGGAAUGCAUGUACUCCAUCUUAAUUAGGGGAUAACUUAUUGAAAGUAACUUUUUUGAGUUUUAAUUUCCUGUAUUAUUUUCAUCAUCUUGCUAGUAAAGAAUCCACUGUGAAUUAUUUCCAGAUAA